ACUUGAUUGUAAAAAAAAAUAAAAAAUCAUCGGAUUAUAUAAACCUUGGCCAAAACUGUUGGCGACACGAAGAGGAGAGGAAGUGGUGGGAUUUUUAAAAAGAAAAAAUGUUAAAUGUUUUAACUCGAUUUCUUAUGUUGCUGUUCACGCAGUGAAAUAUAUCCGAGCUUCCUCUUCUUCUCCUUCUUCUUUUUUUUUUCUUUGAUGACGAGCGCUUCAAUUCCGCGAAAGACUGUCAGAUAGGUGUAAGGAAACUCGGAUUUGGGAAACGGAGGGAGGCGUGAACCCGAGAAAAAAUCAAUAGCGCACACUUGCGUUAUCUGACAGUGGAAACAAACGUGACUCUUGAGUUCAAUUUAGGUGGCGGCGGCGGCAGAAGUUGCCGUUGUGAUACAAGCCACGCAAGAAUAAAAAUAAUUAAAUUUAAAAGAAAGAAGAAAAAGAAGAGAAGGCGAGAAAGUCACCAGCAGGAAAACAUCACAUGUGUAGAAAAUGAGCCGUGAAUAGACGCAGGGCGUGACUCCGCCUAUUGAUCAAAGACCAUCCUCCUCCUCGCUUUUGUCUUUUCUUCGGUUUGUUAACUUCUCCAAAAGCCUCGUGGAGCCCUGGCCAGACGCACGCCGACCUUUUGCCCGGGGCACUCGCUUCGUUCCGUUUGGUGCCGAUCGCGGCGCAUCCGGGUGGACAGAUUCCAGCCUCUGAAGUUGUCUUUCAUGGAGACGCUGUGGAUUCAUUUGUCCCAGCGGCGAGGUUUUGGAGCUACAUCGGUGAACCAUCAAAAGUUAUGAUAUGAUGAGCAGUGACUCGAUGCAGACCCUCGCCGACCCAGCGUUCCGAAGCAAGAUGCCACUAUUCGAUGGGACGAUGUCACCUGCGGGACUGUCCAAACCACAAAGCACGCCUGACUUCCUGGGUAAGGAGACGCUGCGGUACAACGGAGCCUGCUUUACUUACGACCCCAGAGGAAGAGAGCGGGCAGCGUUCACCCCUGUUUGGACCAGGCCGGAGACGUCUGUGCUGGGUAGCGCGAGUCCUAUGAAUCGCGUCUCUGCUGUGGAAGGGAAAAACCACACAAUUCACAGGCAGGACGGCAGUUUUUCAGAAGAGGGCCAUUCCCAUUCUUCGGCCAAGCGCCACACGCCGCUAAAACAGGGCUUUGUGCUAUACACAAAAAGUCCUGAGAACAGAAGUCCGUCGGCCUCCGCAUCAGCAGCGGUCAAAAAAACUGGAGGUCAGAAUUCGUCUACCCAUUCGGAAAAGUCGGUUUACCUGGCGAUUCCUAAGCCGGUGUAUGGACGUAACCCCUGCUGUAGUGAACUGGGUUGCCUGACGGGACACAGAUACAGCCUGGAACAUGGCUCUCCCAGGAUACCGAACACUGUGUAUGAGCACGAUUGGAUGCAGACUGAUGGUCAGUACACCGAAAGGCUGCCUAUUCAGAGGAAGGCAGAGGAUGCACUGCGGCAACAGAGAGGCUUACAGUUUGAGCCAAGUGCAGACCGACUGAAGAGGAUGGCUGUGGAGGCGUACAGCCCAGGUAGGGCAAGGACUCUGCCUGGUAUGAUUGAGCCAAACUACAGCCGCUACCCCUGCACACCGACUCGCGCACUGUUUGGCUCUUUAAGUGAGCACGGCCAGCCUUUACAGACAUCCCCCAGAGGCUACCCCAGCCUAUACCCCUCCCAUCCAACAUAUGAGCAUAUGACCUCAGAGGUUUAUCAGGAACAUUCUCCCAUGUCCAAAUAUGGCCAGCUAGCGCAGCACCCAGUGUUUUACUACCCUCAGGCAAAUGUGGAGGUAGAAAACAGGACACGGUGUAAAGAUAGUGGCUGUAAGCAGAGAGAAGAUGUGCCUGUUAUCCAUAAACAUGCAAUCUCAAAUCCUCGGGAGCAUUACAUAGUGCCUCAUCCGCUUCAUGCUGAAAUUCCUUUGCCUAGCGGUGAAAUGUUGCCAAAUCAUUCCUUUCUGCAGGGCUUUGACUAUCAAUACUAUUCGGUUCCAAGAUUUAAUUUAAAUGCAAGCCAAAUAAGAGCCCCUCUAAAAAGGCAACAUUCACCGUCUAGUUAUCACUCUGGUCACGUAAAUGUUUCGCAAUCCAGACAACAUGUGAGUCACCCCAUGGCUUCUAAGGACAAACCUAACCCCGGCCUCCAUGUUGAUCAGCCACAUAGUUCCUCGCCGUAUCUGCGUGUGGACCACGCCAGCCCUAGCAGACGCCUGAGCCAACCUGGCGUCUCACCAUCCAACAUACAAAUUAGCAGAUUUUUUCCUCCACUCGCCAACCUGCACGCAGACCCCCCUGUCAUUCCACCAGCUGGCUUGAGCAUGGACAGAAUCCUGGACUAUUCCUCCCGCGAAGCCCAAGUGACUUGCCCGAAACAGCCAAAAAGCAUUCCUGUUUCCCCGGCAGCAUGGCCGCCCCAGUCCCCCAAUCGCAUUUCAGAUCGAAUCCAUGCAGCUGCACCUAAUCUCAGAAAAAUUCUUUAUUCCCCGGCUGUCGCAACAGAAAGUAAACACGGUGGCUCUGUGUCAAGCUUUGGAACCCCUGUUCAGAAAGAGUCCCUGAAAAGAAGCGUUUCUCACUCAUCUCCACCUGUCAAAGUAAAAAAGGAGGAUAUGGAUUUAUAUGAAGUGGAGCCCGCUAAAAAACAACAGCGGCUGGAAAAGGAGAAUGUCAAAGUAGGAAUUAAAAAUUACUCCCCUCCUAUGCCAGUUAUUGACACGGUCUUCAGCCUGGCACCAUACCAAGCAUACCUGCAGGCCUCUGGAGUGUUAUUUCCAGGCAGAAUCCCUCACAGAGCCGUCCAGUCUUCUGUGCAGCAUGACGUCAAAGCCAGGCCAGACGGCAAGGAGAAGAGGUCAGACCGAUGUGACCAGCAGCCUGCGGUCUGUCUAGUUUCCAAAGAAAUCAGUCCAUCAGACGGCCAGACAGAUAAGACUGUUGUAGACGUCACUGGACCUAAACAUAUUAAGGUGGAGAAAGUAGAUCCAUCAGAUAUCAACAACUCUGUGGAGGCUCGGGUUAGCCAAAAUGACUGCAGCAUAGUGACACUCAAAAAAGAGCUUGAUGCGACGGUUCCACCGGACAGCGAGCCCACGUCGUUGACAGAGAAGCGUGAAUCUGUUGAAUCUGAAAGUAAGUCCCCGGUAACGGGUGAAACGGACACUUCUGAAGAGUCUAAACCGUCUCAGGAUGACACGAGUACGCCGCACCAACACACAGACACCAUUCAACCCGAAUCGAGUACUCCAUCUCAGCUACAAGCAGAGAACAAACAUAGUUUCAGAAACAUUCCUCCCCAGUCUCUUAAACUUUCAACCUACAAAAUAAUUAUCCCCGUUAUCAAACGUUGCGGUUCUGCUGCACCCCCUGAGGAGCCACCCGCACAGCCGGUGGCCGAAUCCGUACCAAAGCAAGAGAUCCAGCUGCCAGUUCGCAAGCACUUCAUUGAGCUGCACCAGUCGUUCUGCAAGCUAAUAUCCAAAUCUGUGUCAGCCUCUUCAGAGCAGGGCCUCAAAAAGUGGUUGUCUCAGCUGAAAAUUAUUGAACCUGCGUCCUCGUCAUCCAAAGUCCAGAAAGUGUCCUGCAUGCUGGGGGUAAAAGUCAGAGAGACGUGGCUCAAUGAGGAGAUUAAGUCGGCCCUCAACAAGGUCCUCGAGAGGUUGAGAGAGUACACCACCCAGGAGCGCUGUCCUUUUCCCCAUGUCAUGCGGGCGGGAGCCGUGUUUCUACCUAUGCUCGUGAUAAAGGAGCUGCUGUUCCCGAUGGUCCAGGGCAGCUUCAUCGACCAGGUCCUGCAGGAGCACAAAGUGGAGCUGCGGCCCACGACGCUGUCCGAGGAGAAGAUCCUCAUCCAGCUCCACAAACGAGCCUUCUCCUCCAAGCUCAGGAGGCUGAUGUCCCUCAAACACCUGCCGGACAUCUACGUGGACGUGGUCAACCUUUUGUAUUACACCUGCGUCUGUCAGCAUCUGGGAUUAGAUAUGGCUCCUGAAAACAAAGAGCGAGACGGAGGCUCUGAAGCGUCUGACAGCCGGGACACGGCAGCCUCUGCCGGCUCCUGCUCGGAAUCACACCCACAGACACUUCCGAAGGACGAGGAAGCACAAUUGCAUUUUGACGCGAAUAGAACAAAGAGCAGAGUGAGGAGCAGCUCGAGGCGUACGUUUCUAGACAGCGGCCUGUCAGAUGAAGAAGAGGCGGGUGGCGUAGAAAACACAAUAGUUGAAGGCGUUCUGAGCACAUUUAUAGAGAAAAGCUGGGGUUCCCAAGAGCCCCGCGGGGCCGAGGACGGCAGAGGAGCCGACCGUUCGCUCAGUCCACAAAGCAAAACCUUGGAGAAUUCGUGGACGUGUCCUUUGGCGUUGGACGAGCUGUCUUUGUCUCCCAGCGACGCAGAAUCCGAGGAGCCCCCCGGGCUGCAGCCUCUCGCUCCGGCCAAACCUCAGGUCAGAGCCAAGAGCUGCACGGGCAUGAUCCUCAAACUGAGGAGGAUGUUCAGUGAGGGCCUCAACCGGAAAAAGUCUCGUUACCAAGCAGUGUCGGAUUCGGUGCCGUUCGCCGACCCCUCGCUCUCGCAAACCGACGGCGGCGAGGGGGACCUUCACAGGAGGACGCCCAAAGUGACCGACAGGUGGCAGAGGACGGGGAGCUUCUGUCGUGCUCUGAGACCCCUUAGCAGCUCGGCCAAAAGAAAAUCGCUCCUGAAGAUUAAAUACUGUCCCUAUUUGUCCGCCUGCCACAGCGCCGAACACAGGAGGAGGUGGGUCCUGCGCUCAGCCGUCCAGAGGGCGCGCCGGGCCAUGAGGUUCUACUACCCGGACCUGGUGGGAAAGACGAUCCACCAUCUGUACGAGGAGGACGACAAAUCAGAGGUGUGGUACAGAGGAGAGGUGCUGCGCAUCCACGAGGCUCACACCAACCCCUUAAAGACUAUAUUUGAGGUCCGGUAUGACAGUGAGCCAGAGUGGAAGUACUACCUAGAGCUACUGAUAGACUAUAAAAAAGGCUGGCUCAGAAUUGAAGAGUGACUCCUGCACAUGGACGCUAUGCCAGUUUUUGUUUUUGGACACCCUGGUCUGGUCUGUGUGCGGGGACCGGGCUCUGUCACUUCAGUGACAUAUGUCGGGCCUCGCCAAGAAUGAAGUGGAACUACAUUUUUUUUUUUUUGUUCUGAUGAAAUCACCCAAACAUUCCUUGUCACUUAGUGCUUACUUUAAGGGAAGAGCUCUUUUUUCCUCUGUGUACUUUUUAAAACUCUUAUCAAGUUUGACCCACACUGGCUUGUUUUUUUUUGUUUUUUUUUUUUAUGUAAAAGAAAUGCCUUAUCGUCACUGUUUUUAAUUCUUAAACCAACAUAAAAAACUACGGAGUUUUGUAUUUAUAUAUAUAUAUUUUUAAAGUUACCUUGAUCCAAUUUGAGCAAAAAAAAAGUAUAAUUCAGACUGAAUUCAGUGACCGGUAGAUAUUGUUUUAUAUCAUUGUAAGCAAUUGACCUUUUUUUUUUUUUUUUUUAUGUUUCACUGUCAGACAGUGCCAGACACAUAUGCUGAUGACUGCCACUGGUGUUAGCUGGUGAACCCGAAGCUCUAUAAAUGACACGCUGAGAUAUGUCCCAACGUGAUGGUGCAUUUUUUUUUCCACUAACUUCUACGACUGAACCUCAAACCAUAUUUUAAUUUUCCAUGAUUUUUCUUAAACUUCUGCCGAUUGUUAAUAUUUGCCUCACUACUGUCUUAAUAAAUGUCUUUCAUUCACGUCAUUGUGUCGCCUUAUCUGUGCCAGCGAUUUACUUCCACCCCUCGUUAACAACUCUUUAAAUAGAAUCAAUUCAAUCUUGAGCUUGUUACCGAUGCCAUUGUAGAAUCUGGGUGUAUAUCUGUCAGCCCACAGUUGGGAAUACUGUGCCAUAAAUAUCACGGUGAGGGUCAUGUUAAUGAUAAAACUGGGCAGUUUUGUAUAUUGUAAGAUAAGAAAAUGUAUAACGUAUACAGGUUGGUUGUCUCCACCUGGUGGCAGAAGGUAAAGUUACACAUUUCCUCUUAAAGUGUAUUGUUGGUAAUUCUACUAUAAUGUGGUUAUUUAUUUUUUUAAGGACACGGUUUAAGGAGUAUCACAUAGUGGCAAGGCUUUUUUUUUUUUGGUAAUGAAAAUGGUAGGUACCACAAUAAACAUUGUGUCCAUUAUCAAACAACCACCCAUGCCAGAAGGAUGUUUGCAACAUUUUGCACUUUAAUAUUUUCUCCAAAACAGACAUCUAUUUUUCCCCCCCUCACAUUUUUUUUUUUUACACUAAUAGGAAAUAAAACACCUUUAAUAGCAUAAAGAAAAGAUAUGUAGAAAAGUAUUAAAAGUUUUUGGAUGUCUCCAUUUAAUGUAAGUAGCUGCUUCUGUUACUUCAAAACUUAAGUUGAAAUGUUCAUGAACCACCAGCAGACACAAUGAAAACAGAGAGAGCCCUGGGGAGCACGUUAGCCUAAUGAUCACAGCUAGAGCUGGUGUUACUGCAGGACAGCUUAGAGAAAGAAAUAAUAAUAAAAAAAAUAGCCUAUCCUCCAUCCAAUCUCCUUGUGUCAUUAUCAGUUUUCUGACUUCAGGGACAAAAUUAAUUCAAAACUGACAUCAUACAAACAACCACCUGUUCUGCAUCGUACAAUGUGCAAGUAAACCUGGUGCAAAAAAAAAAAAAAAA